UCCGUGCUCUCCUCCUGCAGCCUCUUCAUUCUCUCCAACGAGACCGUCAACAUCUGGAGCCAUCUGCUCGGCUUUGUGCUCUUCUUCGCGCUCGGCAUCUACGACCUGACGGCCGUGCUGCCCAAGGCCAGUGCCUCCCGCGAGGACUUUGUCAUCUGCUCCGUUUGCCUCUUCUGCUUCCAGGUCUGUAUGCUUUGCUCAGUAGGAUAUCAUCUUUUUUGUUGUCAUCGCUCAGAGAAAACCAGCCGACGAUGGAUGGCGUUAGAUUAUGCAGGAAUUUCCAUUGGGAUCCUGGGCUGCUAUGUAUCAGGCGUGUUUUAUGCAUUUUAUUGUAAUAACUACUGGCGUCAGGUAUAUCUAAUCACUGUGCUGGCAAUGAUCUUGGCAGUGUUUUUUGCUCAGAUUCAUCCCAGUUACCUCACGCAACAGUGGCACAGGCUGCGCUCUAUCAUCUUUUGCUCAGUGUCGGGAUAUGGAAUUAUUCCUACAAUUCACUGGGUUUGGCUCAAUGGAGGGAUUGGUGCAUCUAUUGUACAGGAGUUUGCACCACGUGUGGUUGUGAUGUACUUCAUUGCUGCAGUAGCUUUUCUCUUCUAUAUUUCCAAAGUUCCAGAACGAUACUUUCCAGGACAGCUGAACUACCUCGGAUCUAGUCACCAAGUAUGGCAUAUCCUUGCAGUAGUGAUGUUGUACUGGUGGCAUCAAUCCACAGUUUAUAUCAUGCAAUAUAGACACACCAAGCCCUGUCCUGAGUACAGCAUGGACUUGUGAGU